UGAAAUCAGGCUAGGUUCUUCUAUACAUCUAAAGCAUAGUUUGAGUUGAAUUUGGUCAAGUACCAUCACAAUUUGAGUUGUCAAUUGACCCUAUAGUGAAACCCAAUUUGCCGGUUGUGAUUAUAGGUCAAAUCAAAUACAUUAUGCAGACUGAUAUGUACAUUAAUCUAUAAAGCACAUUUCAAAGUUAGAAAGCACACAACAAGCAUUAAACAUAGGUACAAAUGGAGAGAGAAAGUAAUCAAUUAUAACUGCAGGGGCAUGCCAAACUGACAUAAUAAAGAAAUCAAGCAAGCAGAAACAAAUGAGUGAAAAACAAAAACUAUUGGAUUUCAGUAUGUUCUCGAACACAGACCAAAUAAAUACCUGUAUAAGAUAAGUCAAAGAAGGCAGUAUAUUGUCAACUGGGCAUACACGUUUUCAGAAUUAUUAACAAAAGUCAGAUAAAUAAUGGAAGUCUCGUAUACGUCAAAUGAAUUCUCGAGAAAGUAAUAAUUCAUUGACUAGAGUUAUUGCUUGUAAGUAUUCAUCAUAUUCACAAGGUGAACUAUCCACUGAAUGCGCUGCCUCCCUGUGGUUAUCUCACGACACUACUCUACGGCACAUGCGGUUGCUAGGGGCGCCUGAGUGACAACAGACACCAGCUGUAACGGUGACUGGACAAGUGGAGGAAGAGAAAGCGUCGACAGUUAAUGAUAAGAAAGCGAAACUUUUUGACUUUAUUUCAUUAUUGUUAGGUUUUUUUGUAUUUAGUGACCUUGUGAAACUGAAGGAACAUGGCGAGCGCUCUUAGUACAGUUCUAUCUGAGAUGGGCUGGGAUGAGCGCUUUGCUAUCCCCGAGCCAAACGCUGAAAACAAGGCUUUGAUAGAGGAGAUUCGUAAAAAAGAGGCGGCAUUGGUGCAACUGGAAAGCAAAGUUGAGAAAAACAAGGAUCGAAAUAAGGCCCUAGUCAAUAAUCUCCAAAAUGCCAAACAAGAGCUGGAAAAUACAGAGGCUCUAUGGAAGGCCAAGGAAAGAGAGGAAGAGUUAGAGAAACACCUUACAGCCCUGGCAGAGAGGGAAAGAGGUCGUCUGGCACAGGAGACUGCUAAGAUGGAGAAUGACAAUAGAUCUUUAGCAGAGAGGAGUAACAUGCUAGAGAACCAUAUCUUCAAAGCCAAGCAGAAGCUGGAGGAGUUCAGGAACCAGAUGAACUGGGACCAGCAGACCAUGGACGCCUUUUUAGAGGAGUCAGCACGUAAAGAUGAGGAUACAAUGGCUAUCAUCAAGUACGCUCAGCAAGAUGAACAAAGGAUCAAGUCACUCACUCUGGCCAUAGAGAAGAAGACACUGGAGGCCAAUGACAAGCGCAAAGUACUUGACAAAGAACUGACUGAGACUUUAUCUGCACAGAUUGCUUUAGAUAAAACUACAGAGAAUUUGCAGCAGGCCCACCUUGAGACAAAACAGCUCAUCCACCAGUGGGAAAACACCAUCAAACAGAUGAAGCAGAGAGACGCUGAGAUGCAGCAGUGUGCGCUGCAACUUGCCCAAGCCGACCAUAACAUUAGGGAAAGAAAUGCCACUAUCACAGAAUGGAAGCACCUGCUGGACACUGAGAGGAGCAACAACAAGGAAACCGAGAGGAAGAUAACUAUCGCCAACCAACAGGCUGUAAAGCUACGGCAGGAUUUAAUGGAGCAGGAGAGUCACUGCAGGAGGCUGCAGGACGAGCUGCUGAGUUGUAAAGGCACUCUGGACAGAACAACAUCAAAUGUGGAGUCUGUGAAGUCGCAAAUAGCCAGACUGAAGAAAGACAUCCAAGAUAACAAUGAGAAACUGAAGCAGGCCAGGACCUACAAUGUGGCUCUGGAAGAGAAGCUGAAAGUUGUGACUCAGACCGCCCUCAGUGAGGAGGAGCGAGCUGAACAGAUGGACAAGUUCUUCAAGGACGAGGAGCAGGCGAUCAAGGAGUUGGAAGUCCAGCUGCGUGUCUGCAGGGAGGAGCUUUUCCAUGGUAAAGAAAACUUGCAGACUCUGACAACAAAGGAGAAGAAUUCUAUCACCCAAGUUUCCAGGAGCAAAACCACCAUCACCAGCCUGGAAAGCCAGCUAAGAAAACUAGAGAAUGAAUUAAUAAACCAGCAGUCCACCCUGCACAAAAAGGAAUUUGAGAUUCACCAAAUGAGUAAUAAACUUGCUAAGCUGCAAGGUAACCUUCACGAAAGUGAAAAGCAAGCCAUGGGUAAGACCAUUGCUGAGCUGACCGAAGCCCUGGAGGAGAAAAAGAUGAUGGCAAACAUGCUAACAAGUGCACUCAAGGAGGCGGAGGAUGAUAUUCGCUACUUGAACAAAGAGAUGGCAAAGUCAGCCGCUCAGAAAAGGGAUCUGACCGAGAAGAUGGAGGAGCUCAAACUGCAAAAAACCACCAACGAAAAAGAGCUGAAGAGAAUCAGGCUCAGGAAACAGGACAACAUGGUGGAGCACAACAUCCUGAAGAUGGAGUUGAAGCGUAAGAGGGAUCUGCUGUACAACAAGGAGGACAGCGUGCUCUCCUUAGAGAAGAGGAGGCUGGAGCUGCAGAGAGCCAUAAAGGAGCGAGAGGACGAGAUCAAAGUCAGCAGGGAAAUGCUCGGCCAGCAGCUCAAGAUUAGUGAGCAGGAGAGGCAGAGACUCAGUGCUGAGCUGAAUGAGAAACUGUCCAAGAUCGAUACUAUGAAGAAGCGAUAUGAGGUGGUGAUGCUUACACUGGGAGCUCCUGAGGGGGAGGAGGAGAAAUCUCAAGCAUUCUACAUCACAAAAGCUGCACAAGAGAAGGAGGAGCUAAAGCGGAAGGGAAACAGUCUGGAUGCUGAUAUCCGCAAGAUGGAGCUGGAAAAUAAAGCUCUGGAGAACACCAUCCAGUUAUUCAACAACUGUAACUCUGACUUUCGAAAGUCUCUUAGUAAAGCAAGUGAAGCCAGUCCAGAGAACCAGGAGAAAGUCAAACUUGAACAGCAGCUGAGGGCCGCUGAAGAGACAGUGAAGUUUAAGAGAAGACAGAUACAAGAGCUCCAACAAGACUUACAGGACAUGAACAAUACCAUGGAGAGUCUGCUGCAGCAAGAGCAGGUGAAGACAGAACAGAUCGAUCACAAACAGUCACUCAUUAGUAAGCUGAAGAAAGAAAUUGCAUCCCAGCACGAGAAAAUCGACAGAGCCACGAAGCAGUGUUCUAAACUGACCAAAGGGAUCCGCUCUGCAAAAAACACCAAGACUGAGACUUUUGAGGAACAGGACAUCAGGCUGAGGGAGCUGAUCGAAUUCAACAAGAGUAUCAACAAGAUGCUGAACGAAGCCAUGGAGGACAACCCCGACCUGAGAUCAGUGCUGGAGAAAUACUUCCUGCAGGCAAACAUGUGUCUCCCAUCUCCAUCUUCCACUCCAACGAGCCACCGGAGCUCCAAAACGAACUCUGCUUGCAGCUCAUCCUCUCUCAGGUCUGCUGGAUCCUCAGCAGGCAGCAGCCCCAGGGCCUCUGCACUGCACUCCCCCGUACUGAAAACUGUGGAGCUGGGCCUGGAUCUGAAUGUGACCUCUCCUCCUUGUACCUCCUCCAGAGGCUCCAGCUCUGCCAGCAGCAGCAGCAGCAGAAAGUUGAAGAACCCGUAGUGUGCUGCUUGUCGGUCUACUUCAUGUUUUAUUAUCAUUCCUUAUUGACAGAUGUGGAUGGAGAUCAACUAAACACCUCAUGAGAAAGAUGGUUAUGGUUACUUUAAGUGUCCUAUAACUGUAUAACGACAGGAUGGGACAUUUUAAAAUGCCUUUAAAAAGAUUGUUUGGUACAUUUAAAAGUCUGUUAUGAGUCAUUUUCUAAUUGUAAUAUUACUCUUACUUUUUUGUUUGUUUGGGUAUGUAUCUGAAUGUAAUCCAGCCUGAAGCACAGUUGAUUUUCACAAAAUAGCCUGGAUAUGUUCACAAUGUGUCAGUAGACUUCUCUCUUCUAAUUUGAAAUGAUUCAUUUGAUUUUGCUUGUUUAAGCUUAAGAAAAACUUUAUUCACACAUAGAAAAAUAGCUACACAGGCACUUGUGACCUUUGGACUAGAGGAUAAUAAUAAAGAAAAUCAUAUUCUUAGAAAUAGUGGCCAUGACACAUUAAAAUGAGGGGCCUUCUCAUAUUUCAUUGACCAGUGUGGGCUGUCUGUCCUACAUUACAAGUGUCUCCUCUUGAGGGAGAAAAUGUAUUGUAGUUCACAGCCACACCUUCUGGAUAAGUUUCCACUUCCUUGUGUGGAACAAAAAAAGCCAGAGCCUUUGACGGACCAGAGGACGCUUCUUCUCUCCAUAAAUUUCACUCUUUGAAUUUUUUAUAAUCUGCAAAAAAACGUAAACAUGCUGCUGCUGAUCCUGUUUGCUGGAUGUUUGACCCGGUGUGCUGCACAGACAGAUGUUUUCCCAGUGUCUCAUCCCUUCUCUGAACCAGAGACGUUGACCAUGUCUCCGUUAGAACCAAUUGAAGCAACAUCUACCCUUCAAACAACAGAUUCAUCAGACUAUGUGAUAGUGAUCUUUGAGACAGUUGUUCAGUCCACUCUGGAGCUAAAUGAAACAACAGUUGCUCCAGUCUUAAACCAGCUCCAAAAAAUCAUCCAGGGGAUCCAACCAGGUCUGGACUUCAAACCGACAUUAAAGAAAAUCACCAAAGUCUGAAUCCUUAACUCACAAAUGUGUAUUUGAUCACUUGUCGUGCAGGAGCUGGACUAUAUUAAGACUUCAAAAUGAAAUUCUCAACAAUGAAGUUUAUAUAAAGAAGAUCUUGAUGCAGAGAUUUGAAUGAACAUUUCUUCCUUUUUCUGAAGAGUUGCUCCUGAGCAUUCAA